GUCGCCCAGCCAACCAUAACUUCGGUAAAACGUGCAAGGUGUAAAAUCAUGUUUUGCUCUGAUUUGAAAUUGCAAUUUUUACCAGAACACGAAGAAGUCUAAGUAUCUAUUUUGAAGUUUUACGGCAGGCGUUUUUUAGCCAUUGCCUCGGAGUUCUUUACAAWAUUCAACGUCCAAAUGCUGCUAGCUGGAUGACUGCGUACGGCGAUGGACGCAGGGUUCCUUGGGCUUUGUUGAGUCCGGAGGGAACUUAUUACAAGCUUAGAGAACCUAGCUUCUUUGUKGGGAGAAACGGCGAUGUGGACUUAACACUCAAGUCAAGAAGUGUUGACAAMAAGCAUGCUGUCAUCACCAUACAGCAAGGACAAGAACUUCACUACAUUCACGAUUUGGAUUCUCUUAAUGGGACAUUUGUCAACGAUAGGAGAGUACAGAAGUCCAAACUAGGAUUAGGUGAUACAGUUCGGUUUGGAUAUGAUGUGAAUAUUUAUCGUAUUGAUUUGUACCCACAUGAUGACAAUAAAAUUGCUUUGUUCGAUGAAAAUCAUAACCAUAAUACUUGCUACAAGGGCUGUAAAGAUCAUCAUGUAGAAGAGACAAAGAUGUGUCAGGGUGUUAUGCCAAAGACUGGUGAUCAUKUAAAGGAAAGUAGAUCAGAUGCAGCUGGGAGUACACUGUAUGGACAGCCUUCAUGGUGGGGAUGGGGAUCCUCAGAUGAAGAAAUUUAUACCUAYCCAAACUGUGCCACAGUUGUAAGCCCAUCAGGAACAACAACACAAUGUACAGUACUACAGCAAAGAAUCAAACGAAACAAAACAAACAUAGAACAACAUCAUACUUCACUGAAAAAACCUGCAACUGUCAAAACAGCUAGAACAUCAACAACUCCCACUGCUCCAAUAUUGACAACAAGGAAUGUUCAAGAGUUCUCCAACAUCUAUAAUAUCCCAGUGUUUGGUGCAUGGGAAAGUGUCCCACAUGGCAGCUAUGUGGAAGGUCUGGAGGAGGAUUCAUUAGAUAACGAUAGCUACUAUUCCAAGGAUUCCUUGUCCUUUAUUCCUAUUGUACCUGACUUUGGAGAGUUACCUGAGAAACCUGUYAGUGAGAAAAGCAGAAAAACACAUAAAAAAGUAGCUCAAUUAGAGUCAAGUCCAUCAAGUUCCUUGAGUGAAAACAGUGACUUUGAUUACCAUCAUCGUGGAGGGGUUUUUGGUCUGACUGAAGUAAAAAGUCCAAUAUCAAACGCUCCUAAAGGAGUCAAGGCUGGUAAACCUAAACAUCAACCGACAGUAAAAAUCAAAAACAACGGGUCAAAAUCAACCACUCCACGCAAUGAGAAGUCUCGACCACCAUUGAGAAGGAAUUCCAGCGCAUCAAAGGAUUCUCCAUCAAGACCGUCUCGUAGUCUUAACCGGGCUUCUUCAUCAGGUGGAUCUUCYAUUCCUAGYGACAGCGAGUCRAGAGGAUCUGAACAAACUCCUGUAACAAGUACAUCAGAUGAUAGCGAURGUGAGCGCACAGGGAAYCCACCAAAUGAUGACAAGGAUGGCAAACGUAAAACUGAAAAAUCAAAAUCGCUUUCGCCAAGUGAAGUGUACUCGGCCGAUGUUACCGAUAAAGGGAGUCGAUCGUCAAGUCUACCRCGUGUAAAUAAGACAGCAUURYUAAGAGCAAGAAAYAGUCGWGAAGCUAUCAAGACGUCGGCUCGGCGCUCUUCACCCCUUCGAUCACGUAUUACAUCAAAACCAAGACACAGGCGGUCCACUCCCUCCAAGGACAACAAGUCAACCGAYCCUUCAUCGUUAAGGAUAUGGAGUCCAAGUGGCAAGGGUCCUACCAAGUCUUAUUCACAGGAAAAUAGCUCAAUAAGUGCAGAGUCGGGCGUUAGUUCUAGUGUUUCUAGUAGUUCAAUGGGUGAUGGCGCGCAAGCUGCUGUUGAUGCCAUAUUCCAGGCAGGAACGCCUGASWCGUAUUCUUUACCUGAAGACUUACAGAUGAAMAGGAAUGACUCUAAUAACAGAACCUUUGUAUUAGAUGAUAAAAAUGACGACCAAAGUGUUUCAUCGACGAGUGACGUCGAUAAGACUCCAGAUUCAUCGACAAGUAAUCACAAAUGGAUCUCAUCGAUGGAAGAUACCCUGGAAACUUUACAUUUAUCAUUCGGUAAUGAUGAAAACACAAGAAAACGAAACGAUUCUUUACAAGCUUAUAGACCACUAACCAGGCAGCCUCAUUCCAAUGACUGGGUGACGUCACUAUCAAACAAUGGACGRAGUACAUCUCCCGAGUCCUUCGCCUCGGUUCCACCAGCAUCUUCACCCUCUCCUCCCUCAACACCACGUUCAACUGCUCGGAAUCUUAUUCAGGAGAGACUGAAUUGYAGUUCCGCGCCUCCUCACGCAAGGCGGCAGUGGGAUAUUACGGAAAAGCCUGUUGAAGACCUGAUGCUUUCAUCUGUUCAUGCAUUCACGGUAGAGCUUCGACUUGCUUCAGAGCUGGUCUUAUCCAAAGCCAGAAAUCUCUACGAGACAAGUUAUUCCAAAGACACGGAGCGCUUGUCGGACAAAGGAUAUUCUGGCGCCAGACAAGACAGCAAAAUACCGGAAUGGAAAAGUUCUCAUGCGGAGAUUGCAGGAGUUUUUAGAAAUCUACGACGAGUUGAGUUUAAUCUCAGAACAAUGGAUCAAGCUCUAUCGUACCUGUGCUCAGCGCAGGAUUGCCAGGAUGGACAUAAAACAAGUCUUCCUAAUCGAUCAGGAUUGACUCCUAAAAGAUGGAACGAAAUUCAAGCAAGAGCGAGGAAGUUUUCCUGGGCCGAGGAGAAUCGCUGCAAGUUCCCAGGCCCCCCGUCUGACGACGAGGAAGUCGCCACCUGAUAGAACGCACGARUCCUGUAUAUUCCAGAAAAUUCCAAAUCCUUUAUGAAAUAUAAAUUCGUUUUUAUGAAGCCAAUGUUAUUGUAAAGCUUAUUCAUAUUUAUGUAAAUAUAUUCCAUUUUAUAUAA